AUGCUUAUAGUCAAUGUGAAUGGUAAAAGCAAUCAUUCACUGCUUAAUUCAACUAUCAAUGGCUUGUGCAUUGGAUUAUUUUAUGAAUUUUCUGCAUAUUUGGCUAAUGCUGUCGAAACUCAUCAAAUAACUAAACGAAAAGUUCGCAUUGAAGCUCGAAAAACAACGGAUCCAAAAGAUUUACUCGCAAACGUCACCAUGGACCUAAUACAGCGGAACUAUAGCAUGCCUUGGGAGAAGCAUAGUUUGUCAUUCAAUGCAUCCGCUACAUCGGUCUUACUAUCAAUGAUUGCACUGGAUAACGGAGAGAGCGGAAGCUGUGUAGCCAUUGACGAUAUUGAAUUACGUGUCUGUCCAACUACAUAUUCUGAUUCUUGUCCUACAGAUAUAACUACGACAUCAACACCAACAACAACACUAUCAACAACGACAACAUCAUCAUCAUCAUCAUCAUCGUUAUCAACACUAUCAUCAACGACAACAACAUCAUCAUCAACAACAACAACCUCGACAACAUCAUCAUCAUUAUCAUCAACAACAGCAACAACCUCGACAACAUCAUCAUCAUCAACAACAACAGAAACAACAUCAACAACAAGAACAACAACAACAUCAACAACAACAUCAGCGACAACAACAGAAACAACAUCAUCAGCUGCAACAACAACAUCAACAGAAACACCAUCAUCAUCCUCAACAACAACAACAACAGAAACAUCAUCAUCAACAACAAGGUCGUCAACCACAACGCCAUCAACUACAACAAUAGCAUCAUCAUCAACAACAUCAGCACAAAAAACAUCACCUAUGGUAACGACUAGGAGCAACGUUAAUACUUCAUCAUUGGUUUUCGUUCCAAUACCCUGCACUAAUUCAACAUUUAUCGGUCUUAGUUGCAAUAUCUCGAAUACUCCAUGUUUCACUGGUACUUAUUGUGAAGUUGAUCAGCGAAUCUGUAAACCACAUCUAUGUUUACAUAAUGGUACGUGUAAUGAAACAUCGAACACCACAGUUCAUUGUGUAUGUGAAAAUGGUUGGGAAGGUAUUCAUUGUGAAUCAAUGGUUAAUUAUUGCGAAGGUGUCGAGUGUAUGAAUAAUGGUGUUUGUCGACCAUUAUUAUUAGGUUAUAAAUGUGAAUGUCUUGGUACUAGUUAUUAUGGUACUCAUUGUGAGUUUACUGCAAGAAAAGUUGUUAUCUCAAAAAUCAUUUCAAAAUCAUUUUCGUAUAUUGCAAUUAUUGCUCUGUCAAUUGUUGUAAUGUUUAUUGUAAUAAUGGAUAUAUUAACAUAUUGUUUUGGUAUUGAUAUGACACGUGAAGAGCUAGAACGGUAUCGACGAGAGAAACGAGACAGAAAACGAAUAAAUCGUCGUGUUAAUAAACAAUUGAUCCGUACGAAUAUAUCAUAA